AAGGAAGAUUGAAUGGGUAAGGUGGGGCUAGGUUGUGCUCUUGCCAAUGUUUGGCAGUAGAGUGAAGACAUGAUUUUGUGGGAGAUUUUUGAUGGGGCUAGAAUUUUUAAUUUUCUGAGGCUUGCAAAGUCUUUUCUCUUCUCUGUAGACCACCCAUCACCUCUUCUUCUUGUAGACUUAAGUCAGCUGAUGGGGAUGCAAGUGUGAAGAACCCAGAGUCCUUUAAAGUUCUCCUCCUGGGAUAGGAUUGGUAAUCCAAGAAGAGCCAUCUGCUGAAGAAAUGGAGACAUGGCUAGAGCCCUGAUGCAGAAGCCCUGGCGACCAGACAGGGUUCUAGUGAGACAUCACGGGAGACAGUGGUUAAAGGGGAUGCAGAGAGCAACGAAUGUCACCUAUCAAGCCCACCAUGUCAGCCGGAACAAGAGAGGGCAGGUCGUGGGGACCAGAGGUGGCUUUCGUGGCUGCACAGUUUGGCUAACAGGCCUGUCUGGAGCGGGGAAGACGACGGUGAGCAUGGCUUUGGAGGAGUACUUGGUUUGCCAUGGUAUUCCGUGCUACACUUUGGAUGGUGACAACAUUCGUCAAGGUCUCAAUAAGAAUCUCGGCUUUAGUCCUGAAGACAGAGAAGAGAAUGUUCGACGCAUUGCGGAAGUUGCCAAGCUGUUUGCAGAUGCCGGCUUAGUGUGCAUCACAAGUUUUAUAUCGCCUUACACACAGGAUCGCAACAACGCAAGGCAAAUUCACGAGGGUGCAAGUUUACCUUUCUUUGAAGUCUUUGUCGAUGCUCCUCUGCACGUCUGUGAACAAAGAGACGUCAAGGGACUGUACAAGAAAGCGCGGGCGGGAGAAAUCAAAGGGUUCACCGGGAUUGAUUCUGAAUAUGAGAAACCAGAGGCCCCGGAGCUGGUGCUGAAAACGGACUCGUGUGACGUCAACGACUGUGUCCAGCAGGUGGUGGAACUUCUGCAGGAGCGGGAUAUCGUACCUGUGGAUGCCUCUUAUGAAGUCAAGGAACUGUAUGUGCCAGAAAAUAAGCUUCAUUUGGCAAAAACAGAUGCAGAAGCAUUACCAGCACUGGAAAUUAAUAAAGUGAACAUGCAGUGGGUGCAGGUGCUGGCGGAGGGCUGGGCGACCCCGCUGAACGGCUUCAUGCGGGAGCGCGAGUACCUGCAGUGCCUUCACUUCGACUGUCUGCUGGACGGAGGUGUCAUUAACCUGUCGGUGCCCAUAGUCCUGCCGGCCACUCGCGAAGAGAAGGAGCGGCUGGACGGCUGCACGGCAUUCGCCCUGGUGUACGAGGGCCGGCGUGUGGCUAUUCUUCGCAAUCCGGAGUUUUACGAGCACAGAAAGGAGGAGCGCUGUGCCAGACAGUGGGGAACAACGUGCAAGAGCCACCCCUACAUCAAGAUGGUUAUGGAACAAGGAGAUUGGCUGAUUGGAGGAGAUCUUCAAGUCCUGGACCGAAUUUAUUGGAAUGAUGGUCUCGAUCAGUACCGCCUCACUCCUACUGAGCUAAAGCAGAAGUUUAAAGAUAUGAAUGCUGACGCCGUCUUUGCAUUCCAGCUGCGCAACCCCGUGCACAACGGGCACGCUCUGCUCAUGCAGGACACCCACAAGCAGCUGCUGGAGAGGGGCUACCGGCGCCCUGUCCUCCUCCUCCACCCCCUCGGCGGCUGGACGAAGGACGACGACGUCCCCUUGAUGUGGCGCAUGAAGCAGCAUGCCGCGGUGCUGGAGGAAGGCAUCCUGAACCCCGAGACAACCGUGGUGGCCAUCUUCCCGUCCCCCAUGAUGUACGCUGGGCCAACCGAGGUCCAGUGGCAUUGCAGAGCGCGGAUGGUUGCAGGCGCCAAUUUCUACAUCGUUGGGCGAGACCCCGCUGGCAUGCCUCACCCAGAAACGGGGAAGGAUCUUUAUGAGCCGACUCACGGUGCCAAAGUGCUGACAAUGGCCCCUGGUCUGAUCACCCUGGAAAUCGUUCCCUUUCGGGUUGCAGCUUACAACAAGAGGAAGAAGCGUAUGGACUACUAUGACUCUGAACACCAUGAAGACUUUGAGUUUAUUUCAGGAACGAGAAUGCGCAAACUUGCCCGAGAAGGCCAGAAACCCCCCGAAGGUUUCAUGGCUCCCAAGGCUUGGACUGUGCUGACGGAAUACUACAAAUCCUUGGAGAAGGCUUAAGCCAUUAACCCAGUGAUGCUACCUCUGAUGCUUCACUGGGAGGCAAGAGGGGACCACAUUAGUCACUGUCGGCAUUUAUCCGUGGUGGUGUCUGUCCGGAUGUGCUUCCUAAAAACAGACCGUUUUCCUUAACCGGCGUCAGUUUGCAUCUGCCUUAUGACUUCUGUUUUGAACUAGUGUAACACGCUGCUGGUUUUAAUGUAUCUCUUCUGCUUAUUAUAGUUGUAUUCCUACAAUACGAUUUUAAAAUUUUGUCUUUUUAUAUUAUAUUUAUGCUUCUGUUUCAUGAUUUUUUCAAGCUGUUAUAUUAGUUAUAACCAACAGUACACACAUUGAAUCUCACUUUUCAUUCUUUAAAGAAAGAAAAAAAAAAGACUAAACAAUAAACUUGGCUAGACCUUGUUUUGGGAAUUUAACAAGACAUCUGUAGCAAGUAGAUUUUUUUUCUACAUUGAAAAUAGAAGCUGCUUCCUUUCAUCCUUCCAAUCAGCUAUUGAUCUUUCAACUGUUAUAAUCUAAAAUAUUCUUAUGAUCUGUGUAAGUUCUGAAUGAAUUUCUUUAUUCAAUAAAAUUAAUUUUUUGGCUUCUUA